AUGCGAAUAUCUCCCCGCCUCCUGGCCUCGCCAUCGGCCAUCAAGUCGACUCUGCAAUCGCCGCUCCCCCUCCUCCCCCCGUUGCCGCUGUAUCGGCGCAUCCUGCGCGUGCACCGCAAGAAGCUGGACCCCGAGAGCCGGACCCUGGGCGAUUUAUACGUGAAGAGCGAGUUCCGGGCACACAAGAACGUGGAGAAUCCAUUACACAUUAUCGGCUUUUUGACCGAGUGGCAGCUAUACGCCCAGCAGCUGGAGCAGGAGUCGUGGGUGGGCGAGAAGCUGGACAGAGCCAAGCUAGACAAGAUGAGUGAUCAACAACUCGGCCAGCUGUACGAGCUGAUGCAGUCGAUCAAGAACAAGGAUGACCCGGAGGAGUCAUAG